UUUACUAGCAUUUGGACAUUUCCCAGUUGACUGGUUAUAAAUUCGCGUCGAUUGAAAAUUGCAAUUCGUGGUUAUCUGAAGAAAGCUAAAGUCCCUGUCCUUCUCGCAAGGAAUUUGUUUUUAAAGAGCUUUUGACGGUAAGCCAUGGCAGCCGGCGGAAUAUCCUUCCCAAUUUCUACUGGUCAUUGUGGACCCUCAGUGGCGGGUCCAUCUGAAGAAAAGACAAAUGGCACAAGGCUGACAAGACUGCUCACUGAUGAAGGAACGGAGGCUCUAAGGAAGUUCUUUGAUUCUUUUCAUCCAGAGUCAACAUUACAGCACGCGUUAAACAACAAUCGCCGAAAGCUUGAAAAGCUAAAACGGAAGGGAGUAAUAUUUGAUACGCAAUGGGAGAAUUUGUUUCCUUCCUCAAGUAAACCGCCAAACUCGAAAGAAUUCGACAUCACGCUUCUACACGUAUUGCUCCGUAAUAUAGUUCAUCUAAAAGCGCCAUCGAAUGGAUGGGACAAAAUGCCAUCAGACUCUGAUGAGAGCCCUGAAGCCAGCAUCGUUCGUAUGAGACUCUGUAGACAUGAGCUUAGUCACAGUGUUUCUACUGAAGUUCGGAAUGACGAAUUCGAAGUCAAGUGGAACAUGAUAUCUUUGUCUUUAGAAGUACUUGAGGUAGCCGCCUAUCGGAAGAAACUUCAGUCCCUAAAGAGUGCUACUAUCGAUCACGAUGCUCGGUUGGUGGAAGAAGUCGAACAAUGGCGGAGGGAGAAAGAACUAGAGAAGAGUGGAAAUGUCUCUGAACUCUGCAGUUGUCUUCCAGAUGACAGGCCAGAGAAACAUAUUAUUGGUCGUGGUGAGCAAAUACAAGACAUCAAAGAUAAAGUUCAAAGUGGAAUAGUACCUGUAGUUCUGAUCACUGGUGGACCGGGACUCGGAAAGACCACCGUAGCCAAGCGAGUGGCCUGUGAAUUAGCCAAAGCAGAAGAUAAAAGAAUUGUGUUGUUCUGUAGACUAUUAAGAAAGACAACUUUCAACGAAGCGACUAUGGAAAUGAUCAACUCGUGUCAUAAAGAGGUCAACACGCAAGUACCCGAGGAUCCGAGGCAGAAGCUUCUAAACUGGUGCAAACAGAUUCAAAACCAGGUCACUUUUGUUCUUGACAAUGCAGAUGGUGUCAUCGAGUCUGAAGAUCGCGAAUCUUUCCUCGAUUGCUUAUGUGAUCUGAGAAAGCAUUCUAAAAAACAUGUCACAUUUGUGAUAACUACAAGAACAACAUUUCAAAAUCCUGACCUACCAUCAGAAGAAGUCAUGCUACACCCGUUGUCAAAUGAACAGGCCAAAGAUCUUCUGGUUGCUGAGGCUAAAAAUGUUCAAGAGCUUUCUCAAGCAGAGCGUAUUGUGGACCUUUGUGGCUGUGUUCCUCUGGCACUAUGCAUUGUUGGAUCCCUGCUUUCAGACUACACCGAAGAAACUCUAAUUACAAACCUGGAGAAAGAACCACUCGCCGUACUGGAGGACGAUCAAGUGUCCGUAGAAAAGGCCAUUGAGACUUCUUUUGAUCUUUUGACUGAAGCUAGACAAGAAGCUUUCGUUCUUAUGUCAACUUUCAAAGGGUCAUUUGACUCAGGUGCUGCCGAAGCUGUAAUGAAAGCAUGCUCAGUUCCUGGAGUUCGGCACAUGUCGACCGUUCGCUCCUUGAAAAAGAGGUCGCUAAUCGAGCAACCAAGUUCACGGAGGUACGAGAUGCAUCCCCUCAUUCACUCGUAUGCGAGAAAGAUUGGUCAAGCUAAGCAUGCCGAUCUCUUAGCUAGAGGAGAAAAAUUGGCCUGUGUUUAUUUCAUGUCUUGCCUUGCGAAAAACGCCGAAUUGUACUGGGAAAGAAACAGCUGCAAAGAGUCUCUUUCUUCAUUCAACAAGGACAGAAGCAAUUUCGAACAUUUUCUUGGCAAUUAUGCUCGAGGAAGGAGAGAAAAGGAUGAAGAAAUUAUGGAAGGCUCUCAAACUCUCUUGAAAAGUUUUCCACAGAAGUGCAUGUAUUUGGAAAAGUGUCUUCAUCCAAAGAACUAUGCUCAGAUCCUUGAGCAGUUAUUGAACACAUUUGACUCAACUAAUCAGCCAGUGCACGUUGUAGAACUUUUGUGUCUUCUUGGACACGAAUGUAGGAAGAAAGACCAAAAGAAGUACAGCAAACUCAUGGAGAAAGCGGAAGAAAUUUAUCGCUCGAACGUUGUCAAGGUUAGAGAAAAUCCGCUAUCAGAAGUCUACUUCCAUAACAGUUACGCACGUUACCUUUCCGAUAAAAAAGAUCCUAAAGAAAACAAAAGAAUUGAUGAAGAGACCCAAUUAGCUCUAAAGGUCAGCAGUGAAAGUGAAAGUCUGGGCGAUCUACAUCCAGAAACAGCAGCAACACUUCUUCUUUCAGGAAACAUUGCAAAGCGCCGUAAGCAGCGUGAUACAGCCACACGACAGUUAACCAAGGCGUUAGAAAUCUCUAAAGAGUGCCUUGGUAAACAUUUUAUGACAGCCGAAGCCCUGAAGGCCCUUGCAGACCUUCGUUUUUUUCUGGGUGGGGGGACAGACGGAGAAGACAAGUUCACAAUCUGCAUUGAAUAUUACAACGAAGCCAUAGAAAUGUUCAACGAUCUCGUCGAGGGUGGAAGCAAAGAGAGUAUCCUGACUUUGAAAAACUGUGCAAUAUGUAACCAGAAAAGAGGCAGCUUUAAUGAGGCAAUGAAUCUAUUCAAAAAGGCGGAAGGAGUUGCCGAGAUAGAAUUAGAGGAGAAACACGAAUGGAAAGUUGCAAUCAAGACUACAUGGGCCAUCUUACAUGACGAACUGGGAAACACGGAUAAGGCGAAAGAAAUGAUGCUUGAAGGAUUGUUGAUGGCUAAGGAACUAAACUUGGCGAUAGAAAAGAUGAGAAACAAAGAUCCGAUACGAUCGUUUAUCAAUCGUUACCCAAAGGAGUUCCCUGAGACGGAAUUUCCACGAGGAGAAAAGAACAAAGGAAAAAGAAGAUGAGAGGGAAAAGAAGAAAUGCAGCGAGGAUUCACAAUAACGAUUUUACGAAAGGCUAAGGUCAUUAGCUAGAUUAAUUUAAGCACCCGACAGACAAACACAUAGCAGACAUUAUGUUCCCUAUCCCAGAGCUCCUAAUCUUUUUCAAAUAUUUUUCUUUUAAGAAAAUUUUGCAGAAUCAGAAUAUUUUGGUAAAUUACGCUGGUGUACGGCAGCUUAAAAAGAACAUCGAAGAAGAGUUGCACAGUUUUAAAGUAAUCCGCCUGAUUUAAGGUAUCGAACCCCAUUUUUUUAUGACAAACAUUUUCAUUUCAAAAAAAGGUAAUAUUUGUUAUCUGAUCAGUCGGGUAUUUUGGAGGUCAGAAUUUAGAGCCUCACUAACCAUUUGAGGAGCACAUAUACCUCCUACACCCCAGGCUGGAAGGGUAAAUGGAGCAAAACAGUCGCUGACAAGCAGCACUGCUUAAGGAGGGAACUUUUUUGUAGGAUUUUGGAAUAAUUCAGUAAGGAUUAGAAGCACAUGAAACGAACAGCAAAGUGGAUCUGAUCAAGUAUUGACCAUUCAGAGCUCUGAUAAUUAAAGGAAUGUCUC